AUGAAAGAUUUGGGUGCCGCAGCUGAAUUUCUCGGAAUUAAAAUAAAACGGAAUGCGGACCAAAUAUUUCUGUCCCAGCAACGAUAUGCGGAGCAAUUUUUGCAUCAGGCGGAUCUCAGCCGCUGCAAUCCGCUGGUCAACCCAUCCUGUACCAAAUGGCCAGCUGACGCGCCCACCGUCUCCUCACUCCAGGACGCCACUCUGUACAGAAGGCUUACAGGUUCACUACAAUAUCUUACAAUAACCCGUCCCGACAUUGCAUUCAGUGUCAAUCAACUUUCUCAACACAUGCACGAUCCCCAGCAAAAGCAUGCCUACAUGCUCAAACGUCUACUUCGCUAUAUCAAAGGUACGUCAGAUUUUGGAAUUCCUAUAACUAAAUUUAAUCUUCGUCUUACUUCUUAUUCAGAUGCGGAUUGGGCGGGCGACCCAACGUCACGUAAAUCUACAACCGGAUUCUGCUCAUUUCUUGGCGACACACUGAUCUCGUGGACUGUCAAGAAACAAACCACCGUUGCUCGUUCUUCCACCGAGUCCGAAUAUAGAGCUCUCGCAGCUCUUACGGCGGACCUCAUAUGGAUUCGAAGGCUACUAAAGGAGUUUCAAAUUCCGCAGGAUUCACCGUCCACCAUCUUUUGUGACAACACGUCAGCAAUCGCCUUGGCAAACAACCCGGUCUUUCACGCUCGUACCAAGCAUAUCGAGAUUGAUCAUCGCUUUAUCCGCGAUCUUAUACACAACAAUACUAUCUGCAUUUUACCUAUUAGCACAGUGGAUCAAACGGCGGACAUUCUAACCAAGUCUCUAUCCACGUCGCGCUUUCAGUUUCUUCGGAACAAACUGACGGUUCGACAAGUUCCAUCAGUUUGCAGGCGG